AUGACGAUGUCCAAGAUUACCACCCACACCUUUCCGCUGAAUAAUGGCGCCUCCAUCCCAGCUAUCGGGCUUGGGACAUGGCAAUCAAAAGAUAACGAGACAUUUGAAGCUGUGAAAUAUGCACUGCAGCACGGUUAUCGCCACAUCGAUACUGCCUUGAACUAUGGCAAUGAGAAGGAGGUUGGCGAGGGUAUACGAGCUUCAGGUGUGCCGAGGGACCAAAUUUGGGUGACAACCAAGCUGGACAAUCCUUGGCAUCAUCGUGUGUCGGAAGGGCUUGAUUCUUCUCUCAAGGACCUUGGCCUCGACUACGUUGAUUUGUAUCUCAUUCAUUUUCCGUGUUCGACUGAUCCAGAAGAUGCAUCAAAGCAUCUACCGGAUUGGGACUUCGUGAAGACCUGGCAAGAAAUACAGAAGCUUCUUGCUACUGGAAAAGUGAGGACGAUCGGUGUUUCCAACUUCCAGAUCUCGCAUCUGGAGAGACUAUUGAAUGACGCAUCGUGUAAAGUGAUUCCGGCAGUCAAUCAAAUCGAGUUGCAUCCGCACAACCCAUCUCCCAAAUUACUGGAGUACUGCAUGAUAAAAGGCAUUCAUUGCACUGCAUACUCCUGCUUGGGUGGCAACACGACAUCUGCCAUAAACGCUCACACUAGUCUACUCGAGGAUCCCGUUGUGCUUGCGAUCGCAAAGGCGAAAAAGAAAACUCCCGCUCAAGUUUUGUUGAUGUGGGGAUUACAACGCGGAUCCAGUAUUAUUCCAAAGAGUGUGACGCCAUCAAGAAUCGAUUCCAACUUUCAGAUGGAUGACUGGAGGUUGUCGAAAGACGAUGUUGCCGCCCUUAGCGGGAUUCAAACACGCGUUAAAGUUGUUGGUGAUGGUUGGAUGCCGAUUCGCGUCUUUUUGGGAGACGACGAAUAA